AUGGUCGCCCUCAGAGGCAGUUGUUGGAGGCUUGGAGGAAGAAGCACAGCUGGGGGAUACCGGCUGUUCUCCGUCUCGGCCGCCCAUAGGAAGAUCCUCGAUGUCGCCGUCCUCCCCGACCGAACCGUCCCCCAUUACCAACAGACAAAAACCUCGUCGCUGCUCUCGCUACACUGGCCACAACCGCCGCAGAACAUCCUGCUGAUGCCCAAACUGCAUGCACCCCGAGUCACGACAAGAGCCAUCGAGUUUGCUAAGCACAUAUACAACAACUACCCGGGGCUCAACCUCAUUUUUGAGAGCCACAUCGCCAACGACAUCCACGAAACACUGCCGUUUCCCAUCUACACAACCGAUCCGAACGAUGCCCCGGCGCUGUUUGCGAAAAAGAUCGAUCUCGUCACGACUAUGGGUGGCGACGGAACAAUCCUACGCGCGGCGAGCCUGUUCUCCAUGCACAAUAGCGUGCCGCCGAUACUCUCAUUCAGCAUGGGCACCCUCGGCUUCCUGGGUGAGUGGAAGUUCAGCGAAUACAAGCGUGCUUGGAGGGAAUGCUACAUGAGCGGCUGCUCCGUGGCGAUCGAAGAUCUCGGCGACCAGCACACCAGCGCCGCCGUACCAGGCACGCAACCUGGCGCCGCGUCCAGCUUCGUCCCCCUCCCCGGCUGGGACAGCGUCCGUGGCAACGGCCAAUGCAUGGGCCUGAGCCGCACCUCCAAAGUCCUUCUCCGAAACCGGCUCCGGGUCGGCAUCUACGACAGCGAAGGCCGUAACAUCAACGAACAGCUCCUGCCCACCACGGUCGCCGAGCCCGACCUCGGUACCAGUAGCAGCGGGGGCGGUGGCAGCACCGGCACCAACCCCACAACCAACCCGCCCCACCUCCACGCCAUCAACGAGGUGUCGAUCGACCGCGGCUCGCACCCGCACCUGGCCAUCAUCGACAUCUACGUCAACGGGCACUUCCUCACCGAGGCAGUAGCCGACGGCAUCCUCAUCAGCACACCGACAGGCUCCACGGCCUACUCGCUCAGCGCGGGCGGCUCCAUCGUGCACCCGCUGGUCAAGUCGCUGCUCAUCACCCCGAUUAGCCCGCGCAGCCUGAGCUUCCGGCCGCUCGUCCUGCCGCUGCACACCAAGGUGGUGCUGAAGCUGAGCAAGCGCAACCGCGGCCGCGAGCUGCCCGUCAGCAUCGACGGCAAGCGGCGCGUCGGCGUCACCAUCGGCAUGGAGGUGCGCGUCGAGGGCGAGCGCCUCGAGAAGGGCCGCGAGGGCUGGCGCGGCGGCGUGCCCUGCGUGAUUCGCGCGUCGUCGACGAGGGGGGCCGAGGCGGAUGGCAUUGCCGAGGACGAUGAUUCGUGGGUGGGCGGGCUGAAUGGGCUGCUGAAGUUUAACUAUCCCUUUGGGGAGCCGCCUGAGGAGCCGUAG